AUGCUCCGUACGAAAGUGGAGUACGAGGUAGCCGUGAAAUAUCUGAAGGAUUCCAAGGCGGAAUUCUUCACGCACGACAUCCCCGGUGAGAAACCCUUCAAGAAGGGAUCGGUGACGCUGAAUGCGCUGCAGGCUAUUCGCUCAAUAUACUCCAUCAUCGUACGAUGGGAGCCAUACUGCGUAGCAAACUUCAAAGUCAACACCGAUCCAAGCAGUAGGAUUGAAGAAAUGGCAUGCAAGAAGCGAUAUAUCCUAGCGGCGGAUUCUGCCGAAACAGACGGUAGCAACAUCGAGCUUGCCUGUUUCGAGGAAGUACGCUCUGACGAAACUGGAACUGAAACCCAUUCUGACGACAACAAACCGGAUGAAGACGACGCGUCUGGUUCUAGCUCCGCCGACGAGGACGUUGAUUCCGAUCAAAGUUCUACCGACGAUGAAAGCGAAGACGAGGCUCCCAAGCGUGACUCUAGCAAUCAUGAAAGCCGCCCAACCUCGGAGUCAGAUUGUCAUGCGCCGGACUUGCGAGGUAACAAGAAGCCCAACUCACCCACGCAGGAGAACACGGAAGGUCACCGGAAGGUCAACACCGUCGCUAGCACCAGCUCGGCCGCGAAAGACGACGACCGCGACCGUAUGGACCGCAUGGAAAGAGCUUUGAUCGGAUUAACUACACUAGUAACGCGGAUGGAGUCAUCAAUCCAACCAUCGUCUCCACGCCAACCCGAAACGACCUGGAAUUUUCCACGCCCUUCAACCAGCACCGGAGCAACACCGCUAACAAUCCGAUGGGACAAUAUAAAACCGUUCCCGAGCGGCGUCCCUGCCAAUAGGCUGUGGGAAGAGUGGAACAGGUAUAUCAAUACCUUUGAGAUCGCGGCCACGCUGAGUAACGCGAAUGACCCCGCCACGAGGACUAAUCUGUUGUAUCUCUCCAUGGGACCGGACUUACAAGAGAUCGUUAGUGCCGGCAAACUGUGUCCGGCAAACCUGGAUGACGUAAACUGCUUCAAGGCCUUCGUUGAGAACAUAACGAAUUACUUCCGCGGAAUGACGGACAUGGCAGCCGAAAAUGAGGCGUUUAUCCGCAUGACGCAAGGUAAAGAUGAGACCGCGGUUGCCUUCCACGCCCGCCUCAUGUGUAAGGCAAGGUUGUGCAAUUUCAAGCUCGAUGAGCAAGAACGCAUGGUGCAAGCUCAGCUGCUACGCGGUUUGAGGAACAAGGAGAUAGUCAAGAUGGCUAGACGAUACGGACAUGCACCAAACAUCAUCGUCCAGGCAGCAACCCGCGACGAAGCUUACGAAGCGGAAACUGUUCCGCCCGCGGAGGAAAAUGUGUUCCAGGUAAGCGACCGAAACGCCCCGAACCACGGACGCAACAGGAAGCCCGACAGGAAGCGUAAAAGUUUGAAGGAACGGGAUGACGAACCAUCCAUGAAACGUCGGCAACAAGACCAAGACCAGCGAUGCGAGAAAUGCAAUUUGACUUACCACAGGAAGGGUGUUUGCCCAGCGCUACGGAAGAAUUGUAACUACUGUCGUAAACGCGGCCACUUUGAGGCGGCCUGCCAGAACAAGAGAGUACGUGCUGUCCGAUUCAAGCGAGAGGAUCCGGAGAACGACCUGUCCGAAGAUGACGAAAUGGAAGACCGGAAGUGCGUUAACGCUCUCUCGUUGGAGGACACUUUGAUUAGUUGUAGUUUGGAGUCAUCGAGUCCAAUCUGUUUCUUAAUCGAUUCCGGCGCUGACGUCAAUAUUGUCGGUGGGCAGGAUUGGGAGCAUCUGAAGCGAGAAUUUGACUCAGGCAAAGCAAAACUCAAGAUGGUUGAACUACCCAAAGGGGGAAUACACGCUUAUGGCUCUAAAGAUUCAAUGGUUGUGGAAUGCUCUUUCCAAGCAAAGAUUACUGUAACGGCUGCUACUAAGCCAUCUGUUACUGCUACAUUUCACGUCAUACGCAAGGGAAAUAGGUCGCUUUUAGGCCGAUCGACGGCCAGUGACCUGCGGUUACUGCAGGUUGGUACAGCUGUCAACAAUUGCGAAGCCUUGAGCGACGAGGGUGAGUUUCCGAAAAUGCCCGGAGUCACGGUCAAGUUCAGCGUGAACAAAGCGAUCGCCCCAGUGAAAAAUGCGUAUUAUAACGUACCCGCCGCAUACAGGGAGGCAGCAAGACAAAGGCUGAGUGAAAUGGAGAAACGCGGCAUAAUCGAAAAGGUAACUGCAGCACCCAACUGGAUCAGCGGAAUGUCAGCUGUCCCGAAAGGGAAGACCGAUUUCAGAUUGGUGGUGAACAUGAGGGCACCGAAUAGAGCCAUCAAUCGAGAAUAUUUCCGGCUCCCUCUUAUUGAGGAGAUGAAGGUCAAGCUCCAUGGAGCACGAUACUUCUCGAAACUAGAUCUGAGUAACGCGUUUCACCAUCUUGAGCUGUCGAAGGAAUCGAGGGACCUUACAACCUUUCUGACCGAAGAAGGGAUGUACAGAUUUACCCGCCUCAUGUUCGGAGUCAACUGCGCUCCCGAAGUGUUCCAGCGCGAGAUGACGCGUAUAUUGAAGGACGCAGGGAAUGUAAUCGUGUACAUCGACGACGUACUAAUAUUCGCGCAGACACUAGAGGAGCUCCGACGGUCCGUUGCUAAGGUUUUAAAUAUCUUGAGGGAAAAUAACUUGACCCUGAACACAGCAAAAUGCGAGUUCGACCAAACUAGGAUCAAAUUCCUGGGGCACGAGCUGGAUGCUGAUGGGUUCCACAUAGAUGAGGACAAGAUCAGCAGCGUACGGAACUUCAGAGAACCGGCAACACUCUCAGAGCUUAGAAGCUUCCUGGGGUUGGCUUCGUUCGUCAGCCCAUACCUGAAGAACUUCGCGAACAAUUCAAGUCCUCUGUGGGCCGCGACAACUUCGAAAACGUGGACUUGGGGACAGAAAGAAAAAGAAGCAUUCAACCUAAUCAAACAGCAGAUCGUAGAAAAUACAAUAGCACUAGGCUAUUUUUCCGAGAAAGACAGAACAGUGCUAUAUACCGACGCAUCACCGGUGGCUUUGGGCGCCGUGUUAGUCCAAGAGAGCGACGGACACGCACCAAGAAUAAUAAGCUUUGCGUCGAAAUCCCUCACUGCUACCGAGAGGAAAUACGCCCAAAAUCAACGUGAGGCACUCGGCGCGGUUUGGGCCGUCGAACACUUUUCGUUCUUCCUCCUCGGGAGAAGUUUCACUCUGCGCACGGACGCACAAGGUGUGGCGUUCAUCUUGAAUCGCAAUCGGGAAGAAUCCAAGCGGGCGCUUACCCGCGCCGAUGGUUGGGCGCUUCGGUUGAGCCCGUACAAUUAUGCUGUGGAAUACGUACGGGGUCGAGACAAUAUUGCCGACUCCUCAUCAAGGCUGUACUGUGGUGAUGAUGCCCCUUUCGACGAGGAUUCCAGUCCAUGGCAGGUCGCUUGUCUGGAGGCAAACUGCGUUGAAUUUCUAACCGAACAUGACAUCAGAAUCGCUACCGCAGCAGAUGAUAAACUCCAAAAAGUGUUGAAUGCUCUGGACACCGGUAAAUGGUCUACUGAUCUGCGAAGGUAUAAAGCUGUGGAAAACGAUCUGAGCAUACACGAUGGCAUCCUCAUUAAGACGGGUUGCGCUGUCAUACCGAAAUCCCUCCGGACGAAGGCCCUUCAGGUUGCGCAUGAAGGCCAUCCGGCAGCGCCUAAAAUGAAGAACAUAAUAAGACAGCGUGUCUGGUGGCCCGAAAUCUCAAAAGACGUUCAGAAGUGGGUUGAAGGUUGCAGGACGUGUGCCAUUAACGGGAAACCUGAAAAACCAACCCCGAUGGAACGGAUUUUUAUGCCCAAGACCGUUUGGGAAACGAUAGCCCUCGAUUUCAACGGUCCCUACGCAAAGUUUGGGGGGAUUUCGAUCCUCGUAAUCGUCGAUUACCGGUCUAGGUACAUCUUCGCCAAACCGGUAAAGUCCACCAACUAUGAGUCCGUUAGGAAAGUACUUGAUGGCGUGUUCGAAAGAGAAGGAUACCCUAAAUGCAUCAAGACCGAUAAUGGGCCACCGUUUAGCAGCGAGGAUUAUAAAACUUUCUGCAGGAAACGGGGAAUUCACACGGUUUAUUCUACUCCCCUAUUCCCACAGCAAAAUGGGCUGGUGGAAUCAUGUAUGAAAGUGGUUAACAAAGCGAUGGUUGCGGCAUCCUCCGAUAACACAAAUUUCACCGAAGAGCUGCGUCAAGCCGUUAAUGCGCACAACGCAGCCUCGCACAGCGUUACGAAAGUGCCACCGGAGGAACACGCAAAAGCAUCAUUCGACGAGGACCUUCUCGAAAAAACCGACCGAGAAUCGAAGCUAUCGGGUAAGCGGCGCGAAGAUGCCCGACGUGGCGCACGGAAGUGCAAGGUAAAACCCGGAGACACAGUUAUCGUCGAACGACACACACGCGCUAAAGGAGACUCGCGGUUUGCCCCCAAACGAUACACAGUAAUUCAAGAAAGGAACGGUAGCCUUACGCUGAAUGAUGAUGACGGACAGCAACAAACCAGCAGACACCACUCAAUCUCGGCCAAUCCCAACGAAACCGCUAGUGACAACGAGCACGGAUACGAUGCGGACAUUGAAGGCACCAGAGGCUACACGAACAGCACGGGAAAGGAAGGCUCCAUCUCAUCUGAGCGAUUAUGUUAG